UCCAAUCAAAAUAAGCGUUCGGCCUUGACGUCAUCUCCAUGCCGUUCGAGUGACAGUGCGAGAAUAUUAAAACUACAAAACACCGUAAAUGUAGCGCGCUGGACCAAAAGUGUGCAGUCGUUCAUGGUUCGUAGAACACAGUAGUGCGCGGCGGCGUGAUAGUUAGACGACCAGCGGAGGCAGCACCAUGUCUGGGCACGACCACAGCCACGGCCACGAUUGCUGCGGGUGCGAGGGCGAACACGAGCCCGCCGAGAGAGGCCUGGAGUACGGGCUGUACCAGCGGAUCGACCUGGCCAAGCUGCAGUGUCUGAACGAGAGCAGGGACGGAGACGGGAAGUUGGUGUUCAAACCCUGGGAGCUACGGCUGGAGCGAGAAAAGUUUGUGGAAAGCGAUGCAGAUGAAGAGCUGCUGUUCAACAUACCCUUCACAGGCAGCGUGAAGCUAAAAGGCGUGAUCAUAUCAGGAGAAGACGACGAGUCUCACCCUGCUGAGAUUCGACUAUUCAAAAACAUUCCUCAGAUGUCGUUCGAUGACACUGGCAGAGAACCGGAGCAGGCCUUCAGACUCAACCGAGACCCGCUGGCUCAGCAAGAGUACCCCACCAAGAUUGCACGCUUCUCUAACGUACAUCACCUUUCCAUUCACGUCUCCAAGAACUUUGGCUCUGAAAGCACCCGGGUCUACUACAUCGGGCUGAGAGGAGAGUUCACGCAGGCUCACAGACAUGAGGUGACCAUCUGCACGUACGAGGCCACAGCGAACCCAGCUGAUCACAAAGUGGAGAGUAUAAUUCCUCAAACAAACUUCAUUUCCUGAAAAGAAAAAGAGGAAGACGAAGGAGGCACAAGAAUAUGGUCGGAGAGUGCUGCUCUGCUGCGUAGGAGCUAGUUUUUGCUUUGGCCAGAAGAUCAGAGGAAAUCCUCGAGUCAGGAUUCUGGUCGAUAAUCGGGAGUGAAAGCUUGAAGAUUGAGUGACAAUGCAUGAAACUGUUGAAGAAACCUCUUAUUUACAGCAAAUCAAUUAUCCAUCGAGCUAAAAUAAAGCAAGACAGCAAC